AUGGCUUGGCCUCGAAUAUCACGGUCGGCGAGCCCUGGAGGGAGCGUGCUGCCAAUGACCAAUUUGCCAACAAUACAAGCCGCGAACUCAGAACCUCCUUCACGACCGAGGUCUCGGUCAAGAUCCCGAAGCAGGCAUAAUCGGACAACGUCUUCAGUUGCAAAGUCAAUUGCAGAUGAAUUCGCUGCCUUGUCUCCCAACGAAACUGCACAGCGACUGCAAACCUCCCUCACGAACGGCCUCACUCCUGCAGAAGCUCUUUCACGAUUACACGAUCAAGGUCCAAACGAGCUCCCACACGAAGAACCAGAACCGUUAUGGCUAAGAUUUUUAAAGCAAUUCAAGGAACCCCUAAUUGUUCUCUUGCUCUGCUCCGCGGUGGCUUCAAUAAUUGUUGGAAACAAAGACGAUGCAGUCAGCAUUGCAGUUGCAGUGACGAUUGUUGUAGCAGUGGGGUUCAUACAAGAAUACCGGUCAGAAAAGUCGAUUGAAGCUCUGAGCCAUUUGGUUCCAAAUCAUGCGCAUCUGAUAAGGGGAGAGACGCGAUCCGCAACGCUGCGCACUCCAACAUGGCCACCAAACUCGGAUGAAGAUCAGGAAAGGGAGGGCUUGAUGAAUGGAUCUGCUGCUGAUAUAGAGGCUAGGCUAGAGGCAACAUCAACCAAAGUAAUGGCGGCUCAGCUUGUGCCAGGAGAUUUGGUAAUUUUUACAACUGGAGACCGCAUACCCGCCGACAUUCGAGUCACUAAGGCAACCGACCUUACAAUCGACGAGUCUAAUCUGACCGGAGAAAAUGAACCUGUGAGGAUCACAGCGGAAGCGAAGAGUCGGCAAUCAUAUUUACGUUCUGGCGCAACCAGUCUCGAGCCUCCUGGAUCACCAUCGUAUGCUUCUGCCGGAACUGGCGCGGUUGGUGUAGAUACUCAAUUGAACAGUACGACCAACAUUGCAUUCAUGGGAACGCUCGUUAGGUCUGGACACGGUCAAGGAAUUGUAUACGCUACGGGAGGGGAUACACAUUUUGGUACGAUUGCUGCCAGUGUUACAGACACAGAGAGUCCAAGAACACCGCUUCAACUUUCUAUGGACUCGCUAGGCAGUCAGCUCAGUCAAGCUUCGUUUGUGAUUAUUGGCAUAAUCUCAUUAGUUGGAUGGUUACAAGGCAAGAAAUUACUGGAGAUCUUCACAAUCUCUAUUUCAUUGGCUGUCGCAGCUAUCCCAGAAGGUCUCCCUAUCAUUGUAACUGUCACUCUUGCCCUCGGCGUGCAUAGAAUGGCUCGACAUCACGCAAUUGUUCGAAAGAUGCCUAGUGUGGAGACUUUGGGGUCUGUAAAUGUUGUUUGCAGUGACAAAACCGGGACCUUGACAAUGAAUCACAUGACAACAACUAAAUUAUGGCACGUUGAUGCUGACGAACCUAUUCCUAUUGAAACUGGAGAUGAAGAAGCCAAGCGAGAUGCUGUCACAUUGCGUAUUCUUCGAAUUGGCAACAUUGCAAAUAAUGCUAGACUUAGUCGCUUGAAUUCCCAUGCUCAGUCUCAAUCAUCAAUUGCCGUACUUUCAUCAACCCAGGGACGCACACCUACCCAUGGUCUUCGAAGCAGAUGGGUCGGCCAACCUACUGACGUUGCAAUGCUAGAUAUGCUUGACCGCUUCAAGGAACACGAUGCUCGAGAAGGCUUGGGUCACCGUCUCGGCGAGACUCCAUUCAGUUCGGAAAGAAAAUGGAUGGGCGUAACAGUUGGUGACACAUCACAAGAAGGGGGUUCCAAAUCAAACGAGGUCGCAUAUAUCAAAGGCGCUGUAGAUCGGAUCCUUAAGAGAUGCGAUACCUACCUUACUAAAGACGGGCGUGAAGUGGUUUUGGACGCUGCUGGAAAGCAGUCUGUUCUGAAUGCUGCAGAGAAGAUGGCUGAAGAAGGGCUGCGCGUAUUAGGAUUUGCUAGCGGACCAGUCGCAAAGCACGCGAAGUCUUUUACACCAUUAAGCACUCCAAAGACUGCUAAUGCGGAACCUGUGGUCUCCCAUAACGAGGAUGUCUACGAAGGACUCACGUUUGCUGGCUUGGUAGGAAUGAGCGACCCACCCCGGCCUGGAGUCACACGCUCCAUCAGAAGACUAAUGAGAGGUGGCGUCAAAGUCAUUAUGAUCACUGGUGAUGCCGAAACUACAGCCGUGGCAAUCGGAAAGAAACUUGGAAUGGCUAUUGCAACCCCCAGAGAGCACACCUCGCGAUCAGUGGCCGUCAAGCCUGUUUUAAGUGGCCAUGAGAUCGAGGAGAUGACGGAUGUUGAGUUGGAAGCAGCCAUUGGAAACACCUCAAUCUUUGCACGAACCAGUCCAGACCAUAAGAUGAAGAUCAUUCGCGCGCUACAGGCUCGUGGAGACAUUGUUGCUAUGACAGGUGAUGGUGUCAACGAUGCACCAGCUCUCAAAAAGGCUGACAUUGGUAUUUCUAUGGGCUUGCAGGGCACAGAUGUAGCCAAAGAGGCUGCAGACAUGAUUUUGACAGAUGAUGACUUUUCAACCAUUCUCCAUGCCAUCGAGGAAGGAAAGGGAAUCUUCUACAACAUUCAAAAUUUCCUUACUUUCCAGCUCAGCACCAGUGCUGCUGCGUUGACCUUGGUGUUUCUCUGCACGUGUUUGGGAUUUAAAAAUCCUCUUAACGCGAUGCAGAUUUUAUGGAUCAAUAUCAUCAUGGAUGGUCCACCGGCUCAGUCGCUUGGCGUGGAACCCGUUGAUCCAGAUGUUAUGAAGCGUCCUCCGCGGAAACGAAACGCACCAACAUUGACCUGGCCUCUUAUAACUCGAGUUCUGACUUCUGCCACAAUCAUCACACUCGGUACCAUGGCAGUAUACACGCACGAGAUGCUCUCAGAUGGUGAAAUCACCAAACGAGACACCACCAUGACAUUUACCUGUUUUGUCCUUUUUGACAUGUUCAAUGCAUUGAAUUGCCGCUCGGAAUCAAAAUCCGUUCUUCGGGGAGAGGUUGGAUUGUUUAGCAAUACCCUGUUUAAUUGGGCGGUUUCGUUGAGUUUGGGAGGCCAGAUUUUGGUUAUCUAUUUCCCAUGGUUACAAGAGGUGUUCCAGACAGAGGCGUUGGGGUUGUUUGACUUGCUUGGGUUGAUCAUGUUGGCCAGCAGUGUGUUCUGGGCGGACGAAGCGAGGAAGUAUUGGAAGUCGAGGGGGAAGAGGAGGAUGGGGAGUGGAUAUAGUCAGGUUGUAUGA